AUGAUUUUUAUUAACUUUAAACAUUUUAUUAUAAUUUUAAAUAUAUUAAAAGUAAUUUUUAUUUAUUCUAAGGAAGAAAAUUUAUCAAAAUAUGCCAAUAUUCAUAAGGUUAUAAAAAGAUCUUUACUGUUAAAUGAAAACGAAAGUGAAAAUAGUGAAAAUGAUAUUCAUUUGAGCUGUAUAAGAAGUAAAAGUAAUUUAUUUAUUAGAAAACCAACCAGAAGAAACAUUAUUAAAGUUACCAGUAGACCAAUAAUAAAUACAAUAAUAAGGAAAACAACAAAAAGAAUUAUAUUUACUACUAGAAGACCAAUUAUUCACAGCAUUCAAACAAAAUCUCAUCUUCCUAGAGUUCAAUUAACAACUAAACCUUAUCUUCCUAGAAUAAGAUUUACAACCAAAUCUUAUCUUCCUAGAAUAAGAUUUACAACCAAAUCUUAUCUUCCUAGAAUAAGAUUAACAACUAAACCAUAUCUUCCUAGAAUAAGAUUAACAACAAAAUCAUAUCUUCCUAGAAUAAAAUUAACAACAAAAUCUCCUUCACCUACAAUUAAAUUAACAACAAAAUCUCCUUCACCUACAAUUGAAUUAACAACAAACAAUUUGAUAAGAAUAUUAACGACAACCAUGAGACCAAUUAUUACGACAACCAUGAUACCAAUUAUUACGACAACAAGAUCACCUAUAAUCAUUGUACCCCCUACAACUAUAACAUUUAUAACAACUAAACAAUUUAUAACAAGUAUAAAACCAACAACUGAAAAGUCAACGGUUGGAAGUUUUACAAUUGGAGGAGGAGUAACUUCUGCAACAAUUAGAAAAAAAACUAAAACUAAAAAUAAAACUAAAAAUAAAAAUAAAACUAAAACUAAAAAUAAAACUAAAGCUUCAACUAAAACUUCAACUAAAACUUCAACUGUAACUUCAACUGUAACUUCGACUGUAACUUCAACUGCAACUUCAACUGCUACAGCAGGUCCAACAGAUUAUGUAAAUGCUUACUGA